AUGACACAAUAUUCAAAUACCCACUACCAUUCAUCGGAUGCCAAUCAACACCCAAUGGUCAACGAGCCAGGGAGAUCUGAUACGGAGUUCAGCUUUGAACAAAGACCGAGCUUCCUAAACAUUGAAGUACAGAACGAACAUAAUGAGGUGAUAGCCUACAACAAUAACGGGGUCUCCAUCGAUCAUCCAAAACGUGAGAAAUCAUUUAGGAAUUUCUUUAAGAAGAAACCAGCCCCAUCUUCCUCCUCCUCCAGACGUUCGUCACCUGUAAAGGCCACUCAAAGUCUGGAAGGACCUCUUGGAAUUGAAGAUGAUCUCAAUGCCCUCAAAAUCAACACGGCUUCUAGACAAAACUUGCAGAUCCCUCUGCCAUUAUCCCCAAAUUUGAGUAUCGCGAGCGAUGCAAGCUUUAGAUCCGAUGAUGAAUCCUCACUCACCGCAUCUUCAACCUCAAAAAUAAGCACAAAGUGGAAAAUGAUGAGAAAUAAUUUUGAUAAAAAUGAAGAACAUGAUCAUAAACUGAUGAUGAUCAGUAAAUAUCUCAUGGAUCAUUAUUACGAUUCUGAUAACUUUAAUUGGGAAGAAAUUUCAGAAAUAUACUUGUUUGGCGGGGUGGUUUCUCAUGUUUUCUCUAAAAAAGGCGUUUCUCUAACCACCAAAAAGCAAUGUAAUGUUUUGAUGAAUUGGUUAUUACUAGGGGGUGAUAAGUAUGGUGAAGAGACUUUCUUGCUUGAUCACGAGUUCAUUGAUAAUAUUGAUAUCUACACCCUUGAGGAUUCAAAACAGCUAGCGCUACUUUUGAAAUAUUUUGCGCCUUUGGUGAAAACUUUAGAUCUAUUCAAACAAGCAGUCUCAUUUUUCAAAGAAAAUACUGAUAAUAAUGAGAAGUUGAAAGAGAAGAGUAACAAUGUCAAAGUGUUAGAAAGUGUUUCCAAUAAAAGAGGAUUUCCCAUCCCCUUAUCCCAGGCACUAUAUGCAAAUUGGCUAAUUCAAUUCACCGAUGGGGCUGCCAAUGACGAAUUCUCUUCUCAGCAGAAAUUUCAAGAUCAGGAUGUCAUGAGAUAUUUCCGCCGAAGCGCAAGAAACAGUUUGGUGCUUAAAAUUUUGCACAAUAGUCAUUAUUUUGAUGGAUUGCUAGACUAUUUGAAGGAAGCCGAGCGGAAAAAUCCAACAGGGUCAAUUCCUACUCUGAUUUCCGUGUACGCCCCAUCUCUCGCCUCUAUGAAUACUUCAAUCACUAACCAAGAGCUCAAUAUGUUUGUAUCAACUUUUGUUGAAAAAGAUAACCAAACUUCUUUGGGUCUUGCCCUCUAUGGUAUUGCAAACUCAUGUCACGUUCAGAAAUAUUUCAACAAAGCCAUCAACAUUUUUGAAUUGUCGGCCCAUUUAUCAUUCGACAGGGAUUGUUGUCUUAUGGCAGUUGAAGGGUUGAGCAACGGGUAUGGGUUUGGUAAAAAACACGGGAAAGAAAGUAAGUUCCAUAGAAAGAGAAGACUUGCUCAUAUUUAUAGAAUUAUGAAAACCCGACAUGGAGAGUCAGAUGUUGGGUCAUCUUGGGCAUUUAAAUCUAAGUAUGAUUAA